UCUCCGCGCCUUGCGGGUCACGACUGCGCGCGCAGGAUUUGCGCGGGCGCUGGUGGGAAGGGGAAGCGGCGGUAAGAACGGCUUGCGUCCCAGGGUAGGAGCAGAUUAUGGGCAAUAGUCCUUUUAAUUAAUCUGUGAUCAUCAUGGCUAAUGAAGGCUGUUCCAAGGCUGUUGAUAGUCCAUUUUCAUCAGAUAAACAUGCCCAACUCAUCCUGGCCCAGAUAAAUAAAAUGAGAAAUGGGCAGCAUUUCUGUGAUGUGCAGCUGCAAGUUGGGAAGGAAACUUUUAAUGUUCAUCGGCUGGUCUUGGCUGCCAGUAGUCCAUACUUUGCAGCUUUGUUUACUGGAGGAAUGAAAGAAUCCUCAAAAGAUGUUGUACAAAUUCUAGGAAUUGAAGCUGGAAUCUUUCAGUUACUUCUAGAUUUCAUUUACACAGGUAUAGUGAAUAUAGCUGUGAAUAAUGUUCAGGAGUUGAUUGUUGCAGCGGACAUGCUACAGUUGACUGAAGUUGUUAAUCUUUGUUGUGAUUUUCUAAAAAGACAAAUUGAUCCAGUGAACUGCAUUGGGAUCUUUCAGUUUUCUGAACAGAUUGCCUGCCAUGAUCUUUUAGAAUUCACAGAAAACUACAUUCAUGUUCAUUUCUUGGAAGUUCAUACUGGGGAAGAGUUCCUGGCACUUACAAAAGAUCAGCUGAUCAGAAUUUUACGAAGUGAAGAGCUUAGCAUUGAGGAUGAAUACCAGGUGUUUUUAGCUGCAAUGCAGUGGAUUCUGAAAGAUCUGGGAAAGAGAAGAAAACAUGUGGUGGAAGUGCUUGACCCAAUUCGAUUCCCUUUAUUACCUCCUCAGAGGCUUUUAAAAUAUAUAGAAGGAAUACCUGAUUUUAAUCUUCAUAUUGCAUUGCAAACACUUUUGAAAGAGUACUGUGAAGUGUCCAAAUCUCCAAAAGAGAACAAAUUUUGUAGUUUUCUGCAGACAUCUAAAGUUCGACCUCGGAAGAAAGCAAGAAAGUAUCUCUAUGCAGUAGGUGGAUAUACUCGGUUGCAGGGGGCUCGUUGGAGUGAUAGCAGAGCCCUCAGCUGUGUAGAACGUUUUGAUACCUUUAGCCAGUACUGGACCACUGUGUCUUCACUUCAUCAGGCUCGGUGUGGCUUGGGAGUAGCAGUGUUGGGAGGGAUGGUCUAUGCUAUUGGAGGUGAAAAGGAUUCAAUGAUUUUUGAUUGUACUGAAUGCUAUGAUCCAGUUACUAAACAGUGGACAACUGUAGCUUCAAUGAAUCAUCCCCGCUGUGGCUUCGGAGUGUGCGUGUGUUAUGGGGCUAUCUAUGCUUUGGGUGGAUGGGUUGGAGCUGAGAUAGGAAACACAAUUGAACGAUUUGAUCCUGAUGAAAAUAAAUGGGAAGUAAUUGGCAACAUGGCUGUGUCACGUUACUAUUUUGGGUGCUGUGAAAUGCAAGGUUUAAUUUAUGUAAUGGGGGGAAUCAGCAAUGAAGGAAUAGAGCUUCAUUCUUUCGAAGUUUAUGAUCCAUUUGCUAAGCGAUGGUCUCCACUUCCUCCAAUGGGAACCAGGAGAGCAUAUCUUGGGGUGGUUGCACUCAAUGACUCCAUCUAUGCUGUUGGAGGCUGGAAUGAGACUCAGGAUGCUCUUCAUACUGUGGAAAAAUAUUCCUUUGAAGAGGAAAAGUGGGUUGAAGUCGCUUCAAUGAAAGUGCCUCGAGCAGGCAUGUGUGUUGUGGCAGUCAAUGGUCUUCUGUAUGUUGCUGGAGGCCGAUCUUCCAUCCACGAUUUCUCGGCCCCAGGGACCUUGGACUCAGUUGAAGUGUAUAACCCUCAUUCAGAUACAUGGACUGAAAUUGGUAAAAUGAUCACUAGUCGUUGUGAAGCGGGUGUUGCUGUACUAUGAAAUACAAAGCAUGAGAGCACAAGGAACAUUUUGUAAAUGUAGAAUCUGACCUUUUGGAAAUCAAACAUAUAGGUAUUUGGUGAUAGGUCCCUCUGAUUCUAUUGCGCUUUCCAUUUAUUAGAUAAGUGAAUAAAGAGUAAUUUUUUUUUAAAAAAAGUGAGAAAUAGAAUAUAUCCUCAAUUAAGAAAGAACUCACAUAAAUUUGCCAAACUUCCCACAGAAAUGCUAUUUAAACUAGAAAAUUUUCCAGUUAAACUUAAGAGUCCUAGAGUCCUAAUUGUAAAAAUUGUUUACUAGAAGCUUUUGGGAGAAUAGUCCCUUUGGGUGUUUCCUCAGUGUACUUCAAAUCGUAACGUGCCCUAUAUAUGAUAUAGAAAUAACAGUUUAAAGACUCUUGUACAUUCAUGAGUCAAUA